AGGACCAAACCAAAUCUCCAGGUUCUCAUAUGAGAACCAGGCUGAAAAACUUAUGUGCACCCCUGUGUAUAAAUUAUUACAUUGCUGGCUUAAAAUGGACUGGAGAUUAAAAAUCACACAAAGAAUUACUAGAGGCAACAGCAAUAAUCAAAAUAUGAACAUUUAUUAUUAAGCAAGAACACAUGGACAAAAUACAAGACAAACUGAAUUUAUUUGGGUGAAUACAGCAUAAUGUUACAUAUAUUUAAACUUGUUUAACAAGCAUUUUAGACAUAAAAAAUGUAACAUUUAAAAGUAGCAUUCAAUUUACGUGUAUUCAACCGUUCUCUGUAAUAAUUUUUUAACGAAAUAGAUUCUCGUGCUGGUAAUAUUGACCUUUUUUGCCUCCAAAACAUAAUUUCAUUUCAUAAUGUUCAUGCAAUGGUUGCUCUGAGCACAAGUAUCAGAGUUGUACUGUUUUUAGCCACUUUUAAUAUUUGAUAUGUCCACAUUUUACAGCAAUUACAGCAGCACAUCUCUCUGGCAUAGUGUCAAUAUAUUCCCUGAGAACUUCAGCACUAAUGUUAUCCCGUGCCUUCUGCAACCCAAGACAAAGGCUUUUCUUUGAAUGUACAAUAGAUCUGUCCAGUAUAUUUUUUUAACUGGCCCCAAAUUUGUUUGAGGUCCGGACUUUGGGGGGACCGGUCCAUCAUUUUCAAUGUUCCAGCAGAUUCAUUCCAUCGCAGGUUGUUCGGCAAUAGUUCGUUUUAUGGGUAUUGUAAUGGCCAAUUCAACAAAAACAACUGAAACCUCUUAACCUCUGUGUGUACAUAUAUACAUAUACUGUACAAAGUGGCUGUCUUUUGAUUCAUGAAUGGGAAAUUGAAUUGAACUGGCCACAAACAGGUAUUUAAUACAUUAUGAUUCAAUGGAAUUUGACAAUGUCAUGCAGCAAAGGAAUUUCAUUAGUCUAACAUGUUGCGUGAAAAGACAUGAAUAAUUGUAUAAUUAAUUAUGCAGAAAUACAAAACAAUUAUUCCAUGAUAUGUUGAACAGAUGUGUUGUGAAGUCCAGUUCUGUCAGACCAAUUAACAGUCAUUUAAUUUUGCCACCAGUAUCCUACACUUACAGCAAUUACAUUAGUUUAAUUCGAUUAGAAUUCUGCUUCAUUCUAUUCAUUUUCAGGAAUUGAAUUUGAAGUUAAAAGGCAUUUCUUGAUUCAUUUUUGCAUUGUGCACAACCUUGAUGGAACCAAAUGGUAUUUUUACAUUUUGAAUGAGUAUACUCAUUUCAGAAAUAAAAAAUGCAUUGAAUUGUGAAACAUCACAAUAAGCAAAGUGAUCAAACAAGACGAGUAGAUUUAUAGCACAUUUCGAUUACAAUGGUAAUUCAAAGUGUUUUACAUAGAAUACAAUAAAAGAGAUAAUUGCAUGCAGUGUGUAUGUAAUUGUGCCACAGCAACCAUCAGGCAUGCGCAGCCUCAAACCUCCCUCUCUCUCUCUCUCUCUCUCUCUCUCUCUCCCUCUCUCGUCUGUGCCAUCAUACAAUAACAGUGCUCUAAAAGCCCAUUCUCACCAUAGCAACCUCAGAUGAACAUAAAACACUUGAUGAACGAUAUCAGAGGGGGUGGAAAGACUGGACUUACAUGUUAUGUCACCCUGAGAAAUCUGUUCAACAGCACACUGGAGAGAAGCAAGACAUCAUGGAGUAACUGGCACUCACAGGUAACUUCUGUCUCGUUUCCAGUCAACUCAGUUGGAAUUCUGGUUAUGUGUAUUUAUGUGAAUGCUAAUUUGAAUUUACAAGAUGCAAGUUGUCUUAUGAACUGAUAAUUGUUUGGGGUACCAUUAAAAUAGGAGUUUAAUAGCCAUUACUAAGAAAUAUUACUCAAAUAAUUUCACUGUAAAUUCUACAAAAUAGCAUCAUCUUGAUGCCUAAUUGUUAAUCUUCCUCAGCAGCAGUGUAUCUGUGCAUUCGCAUGUUUUUAAAAGAUAUUUUGCCUUGAUAAAUGGCAAGGCAGGAGGCAAGGGCAGGAGCCAGUUGUCCGCCCACAUAAUCCCAAACUCCCACGACAUGACAGGCCAUACACGCCUCCAGAUCUCCUGUGGCUCAUAGCUUGAUGUGGAACACGCUUUCACACUAAGAAAAACACUUAAACUGUAAUUUAAACUUUUCAUCUGUCAGUAUGAUGCACAUACUGCACAAUGGAAUAGUUCACCCAAAAAUUGAAAUUCUGUCAUUAUUUAACUCAGCCUUGUGUCGUUCUUCCGUUGAACAUAAAAGAUGAUAUUUAGAGAAAUGUCUUUAUUUGACCCAUACAAUGGAUGUCAAUGGUCACCAGAACCAGCACUACCAACAUUCUUCAGAAAUCCACAAAUUACAGAAAGUCAUACAGACAUACAUGAUACGUAUCUCAGAUUGUGUGGCUCGUUGUGGAGAGAUUUAGAAUUUUUGCCAGACUAUCCUCCUGCCAUGGCCCACGCAGGCCCAGAGGUGUACUGGAGGUUGUUGGAGCUCCAUGACUCGGUGUCUAUGGGGUCUGUGGAGAGGAAGGUCCGGACAGCUGCAGGGACCAGACAGUGGAGGAUCCACCGUCGGCCCAAACCCAGAAACUCCUUUCUGGAUGAGCGCAGGCUGCACUAUGCUGCUUGGGAUGGAUGUCUGGACCAAGUCAAGGCCAUGCUGGAACAUGGCGUGCCUGCUAACUGCCAGGACCCGUAUGGUUGGACAGCUGUCCACCACGCCUCUUUCAAGGGUCAUCUCAUGCUGAUCAAGUUCCUGUUGCAAACCGGCCAGGUGGAGGUAAAUAGCCAGGAUUUCUUCAGCUGCACGCCCCUGCACCGCUCCUGCAGUGGAGGAAACCCUGAGACCACAAACUUUCUCCUCCAGAAGGGGGCGUCACAUUCAGCGAGGUCCAGCUCCGGCCAGACGCCCCUUCACUUGGCUGCAGCCAGCGGACACCUGGGCACGGCUCGGGUUCUGCUGCAGCACUUGGCUUCACCGAAUCCCCAGGACUUUCAUAAGUGGACACCCCUGCACUGGGCAGUUUUUGGAGGCUGGGGCGAUGUGGCGGAGCUCCUGCUAGAUAAUGGGGCAGACGUGGAGGGAGGAAAGGGUGUGGGCAUGAGCCCCCUGCAGCUGGCGGUGUUGGUGGGGAAUGAGGCAGGGGUGAGGCUACUGCUCCACCGAGGUGCAGAUGCAAAUAUGAGGGGUCCUAACGGCCGCACGGCCAUGCAUCUUUGUGCCUGCUCAGGAGACAAGAAGAUCCUCCAGCAGCUGUUAACAGGAGGGGCUAAGGUUGAUGUCAGGGAUGGAGAUGUGGCGUCUCCGCUGCAUCUGGCUGCCCGCAGUGGCUCCAGGGCUGUGGUGCACUUGUUGAUUCUGAAUGGAGCAGGACUUGAGGACAGGGACAACCUCAAAAUGACACCACUGCACUACUCAACACUCAGGGACAAUGUUGAGGCUGCCAAACUCUUGCUGCACUAUGGGGCAGAUGUGAACGCUGUAGAGAGGCUCGGACAGACACCUUUGCACUUGGCCUCUGAGAGGGGUCACUGCAAGGCCCUCAAGGUUCUGCUAGACAAAGGGGCUGAUCCCGCUAUAAGGAGCAGCUGGAGAGAAACAGCGGAGGACGUUGCAAGGGCACACAGUCAGCUAGGUGUAGUCCAGCUCCUUCAGCAACACCAGGCGGUCAGGAUGAGAGAUCAAGCUCAGGAGUGUGAGAAGAGAGAGAGAAGAAAUAACCGUGAAUUAAGUUCACACUGAGGAUUAAAACUAGAAUGAUAACUAUAACUGUAAUGUUUUAUCAAACAUUCUAAUUCGAACUAUAUUGACAUUGAUGAAAAUGUCACUGGAAUUACUUUCAAAAUGAAGCCCUUUCCAGCUGAUGCAUGAUAAAAACAUUGACAGCCAAUCAAAAUCCAACUGACUUUAAAGGGCUCAAGUUGUUGUUAUAGUUAUCUUAAUAGUUACCUUCUUAGUGUGAACAGGCCUUAACAGUUUGAGUCCACUGAAUUUGAUUGGACAAGUCUUUAUAUUAUAUUAUUUAUAUUAUGGGUAUGGUCACAUUUACCAUUGUUUGGCAAAUGUAAUAGCAAUUCGUGUAACUGAGAAUUUUUUUGAGGGUAAAAGAUUGGAGAUUUUGCUCGGGUUCAAGUUGGACAAAUUUACUGCACUGAUCAACAGAAAGCUCCUUGGUUUGAAAGUGACUUCUGUGAGAGCUGUAUAUACCAUAAUCAUGACUAGAGCCAUUGCUACAAAUCAUGGGACAUUUAUUUAUUUAUUUUUGAUGGUGGAUAAAUACUCUGGUAAUAACUGUAGUGCCUAUAGUAUUUUGUUGUAAAGUGUGUUAUAUUUUUAAGGGUCUAUAUGGAAUAAAAUCAGCUUUAACAUUCAGACACUAGGGUGACAGUUUAUAAUAAAACAGGUGAAGCAUUAAAGGAAACGAAAGGAAA